AGGUGGACAAGGGACGGGGAAUCAGCUGUGAAAACUCCUUUAUCUAGGUUUCUCCUCUGCCUGUUAAAGAAAGAAACGGCAUGUUUUACUUGACUUUGGUCUUUGGUCUCUGGCUCACGGUCGGCCACCGCUUCAUUUCAUCCGCACUCCGCCCCUUCAAUGGCUAUAGAAGGAUCAGUUUCUGGUUCUCAAACUGCGACGAACUAAGAAAACGUUUUUAUAGAUCUGAAAGAAUUGUGCUUCAUUUUAAUAUUGAUUUUGAUUUCCAAAACCCCAAAAUGGCUUCUUCAGAUGCAAUCCAAAGAUCCCCCACUUCCACCACCGGCUCCUCCUCCCCUCUCCACCGUCUCUCCACUUUCAGAAACUCUUCUUCUUCUCCUCCUCCACCGUCUUCCCUCCUUGACUCUUUUGCCAAAGACCCAAUUCUUUCCCCUUUCCUUUCCCCUUCUUUUUCUUCCACCUCCUUUUCCUCCGCCGCCCUUUCCUCUGGAUCCCCUGCUUCCACCGCCGAACACCUCCUCCAGGCCAUUCGCCAACUCGAUACCCAACUCCGUUCCCACGUCCUUUCCAACCAUCCUCUUCUCCUUACUCAGCUAUCUUCUCUUAACAACGCUGAACUUUCCCUCUCCACUCUCAGAUCCUCUGUUUCUUCUCUUCAGUCUUCUCUUCGUCGUGUCCGAUCUGAGCUUUCUGAGCCCCACAAUUCGAUUCUCUCCAAAACUGUCCAGCUUUCGAAUUUACAUACAACUUCUGAGCUUCUCUCCCACUCCAUCCGUGGCAUCCGUCUGUCCAAAAAGCUACGGGACCUUAUGGCUUCGCUGAAAACCGAGCCUGAUAAGUUGGAUCUUGCUAAGGCUGCUCAGUUACAUAAUGAUAUCUUGACUUUGUGUGAGGAAUAUGAACUUGUCGGUAUUGACAUGGUCGAUGAGGAACUUAAUGAGGUUAGAGAGAUAGGGAGUAGGUUAAGAAGUGAAGCUAUGAAAGUUUUGGAGAGGGGAAUGGAAGGGUUGAAUCAGGCUGAGGUGGGAACUGGGUUGCAAGUGUUUUACAAUCUUGGGGAGUUGAGAGGGACGGUGGAGCAGUUAGUGAAUAAGUAUAAGGGAAUGGGUGUGAAGAGUGUGAGCGUGGCCUUGGAUAUGAAAGCGAUUUCGGCUGGUGGUGGAGGUGGGGGAUUUGGUCCUGGAGGUAUUAGGGGCAGUGGAACCCCACAGAUUGGGGGAAGUCGGAAGGCAAGGGACGCGUUGUGGCAGAGGAUGGGCAGUUGUAUGGAUCAGCUGCAUUCUAUUAUGGUUGCAAUUUGGCACUUGCAGAGGGUUUUGUCGAAGAAGAGAGACCCUUUUACACAUAUAUUGCUGCUUGAUGAAGUCAUUAAGGAGGGUGAUCCCAUGCUAACAGAACGAGUUUGGGAAGCGCUUGUUAAGGCUUUUGCUACUCAAAUGAAGUCUGCUUUUGCAGCAUCAAGUUUUGUUAAAGAAAUAUUCACAAAUGGGUAUCCAAAGCUCUUCUCUAUGAUGGAAAACUUUCUUGAAAGAAUUUCGCAUGAUACUGAUGUCAAAGGGGUCUUACCGGCAAUCACUUUAGAGGGAAAAGAUGAAAUGGUUUCAGCUAUUGAAACAUUCCAGAUGGCUUUCUUAGCUAGCUGCUUGAGCCGCCUGUCAGAUCUUGUAAAUUCUGUUUUUCCAGUCUCCAGUCGUGGUAGUGUUCCCUCCAAAGAACAGAUCUCUAGAAUCCUUUCAUGCAUUCCGGAAGAGAUCGAAGCUGUUCAAUUAGAUGCUCGAUUGACUCUUCUUGUGCUGCGUGAAAUUAGCAAGGUUUUGCUUCUGAUUGCAGAACGAGCUGAAUAUCAGAUAUCGACUGGUCCUGAAGCUCGCUAAGUAUCUGGUCCUGCUACUCCAGCUCAGGCGAAGAAUUUUGCAUUAUGUCAGCAUCUACAAGAAAUUCAUACACGCAUAACUUCUAUGAUCAUGGGGCUUCCAACUAUUGCUGCAGAUGUAUUGUCACCUUCACUUGGUGCAAUAUAUGGUGUUGCUUGUGAUUCUGUAACAACCGUGUUCCAAGCAAUGAUUGAUCAUCUCGAGUCUUGCAUCUUACAAAUCCAUGAUCAGAACUUUUCUGUGCUUGGGAUGGAUGCUGCCAUGGACAACAAUGCUUCGCCUUAUAUGGAGGAGUUGCAGAAGUGCAUUCUUCACUUUCGUAGUGAGUUCCUAUCUAGGCUGUUGCCAUCUUCAGCUAAUGCUACAACUGCAGGAACAGAAACCAUAUGCACGAGGCUUGUUAGGAGCAUGGCUUCACGGGUUUUGAUACUCUUUAUCAGGCAUGCUUCUCUUGUUAGACCCCUUUCGGAAUCAGGCAAGCUGAGAAUGGCCAGAGACAUGGCUGAGCUGGAAUUAGCUGUGGGCCAAAAUUUAUUUCCCGUAGAACAACUUGGUGCACCAUAUCGUGCUCUUCGAGCAUUCCGACCACUGAUCUUCUUGGAAACAUCUCAACUAGGAGCAUCUCCUCUUCUCCAAGAUUUACCUCCGAGUGUCAUACUGCACCAUCUUUAUUCCCGAGGCCCUGAAGAAUUGCAAUCACCACUCCAGAGGAACAAGCUUACGCAUUUGCAAUAUUCAUUGUGGCUGGAUUCUCAAGGGGAAGAUCAGAUCUGGAAAGGAAUCAAGGCAACUCUGGAUGAUUAUGCUGCAAAGGUUAAGGCUAGAGGAGACAAGGAGUUCAGUCCUGUAUAUAUCCUUAUGCUUCGAUUAGGUUCAUCAUUGAGUGAAACUGCACCUGCAUCUCAAAAAUCAUGAUCAAUAGUCGACUAUUCUUUGUGUAAAUUAGUAAUAGAUAAAACCAAAUGGCACUUGCCAUGUUUUUUGCCUUUUAGCAAAAUGUUGCACAGGGAACAUUUCUGGAAAAGCUACACAAGUAUUUGCUAGAUCUACUCCAAGCGUUUAGGUUCUUGUCACCUUGAAAUAAUGGGGGAUCAAUGGCUAUAUUGAGCUUUUGACAGAUUUGGCCUCCAAUGGUAGUUGCAAACCCUCAACUUAACCCUUUAAGUUCUCUGACUUUUGCAUUCACAGGUUCUUUUUCUGGUUGUGUCCAUUAGUUUUUACCAUAUAAAAUCAAUUUUUACAUAUUAUUAUCAUACACUGUAUUUUUUGUCAUAAAUUUCUUGCUCCAUUAUUUGAUUUGAUUGCCCUACCAUAUAUUGUUGCGUGCUCUUAAAUCAUUUAUUUUGAUGAUAAAUUCACUUGUAGUGGUAUAGUUUUUUCCUACUACUUGUUAUUAAAAUGCAUGAAAUACAUAUUAAAGACAUGUGGCUACUUUCAAGAUAUCAUUAAAAAAAUUAAUCUUGAUUGUUUGUAACAUUUUCCUAACUAACUCUUACAAUUAUCAUUUAUGAUUGUUACAAGCACUAUAU